AUGAAGAAGGUCUUCGGUCAAACUGUCAGAGACCUCAAGAGAGAGGUCAACAAGAAAGUGCUUAAAGUGCCUGGAAUAGAACAGAAGGUUCUAGAUGCUACCAGCAAUGAGCCAUGGGGUCCACAUGGAUCACUUCUUGCUGAUCUUGCGCAAGCUUCGAGAAAUUACCAUGAAUACCAGCUGAUCAUGGGGGUCAUAUGGAAACGCCUUAGCGACACUGGAAAAAACUGGCGGCAUGUCUAUAAGGCUUUGACAGUUUUGGAGUACAUGGUAGGCAAUGGGUCAGAACGUGUUAUAGACGAGAUCAAAGAACGUGCAUAUCAAAUUUCGACAUUGUCCGAUUUUCAGUAUAUUGAUUCCGGUGGUAGAGAUCAAGGAAGCAAUGUUAGGAAGAAAUCACAGAGCCUGGUGGCGUUGGUUAAUGACAAAGAAAGAAUUGCUGAAGUCAGACAGAAGGCUGCUGCUAACAGAGAUAAGUAUCGCAGCUCAGCGCCAGGUGGGAUGUAUAAGCCAUCAGGAGGAUAUGGGGAUAAGUAUGAUUACGGAUCCCGGGAUGAAGAGCGAAGUAGUUAUGGAAGAGAAAAAGAGUAUGGUUACAGGGAUGAUGAUAGAAAUAGUCGUGAUGGAGAUCGUCAUUCUAGAGACUCUGAAGACCGGUAUGGAAGAGAUGGUAACAGGGAGGAUGAUUACAGAGGAAGGAGUAGAAGUGUUGAUAACUACCAACAUGGGUCACGCGGUAUGAGUUCGGACAGAGAACGGGGGUUUGAGGAUGAUGGUCAUGCUUCAUCACGGGGCAGUGGUGCUCGAGGUGAUGAUAAUUCUCAGGAUGGGAGAGGGCAGCUCCAGAGGAAGUUUUCUGAACAAAAUAUUGGUGCUCCACCUAGUUAUGAAGAGGCCGUCAGCGACUCACGGAGCCCUGUAUAUAGUGAAAGGGAUGGUGGGGAGACGCCACAAGUUGCUGCUCCAGGAGCUGCUUCUCCUCCUCCCCCACAAGUUGCUGCUCCAGGUGCAGCUUCUCCUCCUGCUGCAACCAACGCAGACAACAAAGCUGCUGGUUUUGUCAAUGAAACAUUUUCUCAGAAAUUUGAGACUUUUGAUGAAUUUGAUCCACGCGGUGCAUUUUCAGCUGGCCCUCCAGCAUAUGCAUCUACGAAUGGUGUUUCAGCUCCACCAACAGUGGCUUCCACGUCUGCUCCUCCCACCUCAAACAGUGCUGAGAUGGACUUGCUUGGCUCCCUUGCAGACGUAUUUUCGUCAAAUGCAUUGGCCAUUGUCCCAGCUGAUUCUCCCUCUGUUGAAACCAAUGGACAAGCAAAUGCUCCAUCGUUUUCUACAUCUCAGUCACCAGCUCAGUCAUUUGAUGACCCAUUUGGUGACUCUCCUUUCAAAGCCUUCACUUCCACGGACACUGACUCAAACCCACAGCAGAGCUUUGGAGCUCCUUUCCAGCCAACGCCACCAGCCUUCAAAUCAGAGGUCUCACAUCCUGAUACUGCUCAAAACUUUGGCUUUGGGGACUCAUUCUCCGCUGGUGCCAAUCCUGAACCUCCGCUUCAGAAUGUGCAACCUCCAUCAAACUCACUAGGCUUUCCUCAAGAGCAGUUUGCUACAUCUCAGAGUGAUAUUGAUAUUCUUGCUGGCAUUCUCCCACAGUCUGGACCACCAGUCUCACUCCCUCAACAAUCAGAUGCCUCAGUACCAACAUCUCAGUUUCAUCCCAAUGGAAACAACAUGCCUGGACAAACUCCAUUUGGGCAAGCUGCUCAACCAUAUAACAUGGUUCCUCAUUCGCAAAACAUGACUGGAGCCAUGCCGUUUCACGGUGGAGGCUUCAUGCACCAGCCAGGCUCAGUCAGUUCACACCCAACAAGCGAAAGCUUCCUUCCACGACCAAUUACACACUCUACCUCCAGCCAGUUCAUGGCACAGCAGGGUCAUGGAAUGCCACCUUCCCACGGUCCACAACGAACCCAAUCCGGGCCUGUUACUCUGCAAGGGAACAACAAUUUCAUGGGAGACAUGUUUUCACAAGGUGGACCAACAAACUCCUUGACGUCAUCUUCAUCUCAGCCAGAUCUCACACCUUUAACAGGAGCGAUUGAGAUUGUUCCUCAGCCUCAGAAAAAGUUUGAGCCUAAAUCAUCAGUCUGGGCAGACACAUUGAGCAGAGGACUCGUUAACUUCAACAUAUCUGGACCCAAAACAAAUCCAUUGGCAGACAUAGGAGUUGACUUCGAGGCGAUCAAUAGACGAGAGAAACGGUUUGAGAAACCGACAAACACACCACCGGCAACAUCGACUAUCAACAUGGGUAGAGCCAUGGGAUCAGGCACUGGCUUAGGGCGUGCUGGUGCAAACGCUAUGAGACCUCCACCAAAUCCUAUGCAAGCCUCAGGCAUGCCCAUGGGAGGAAUCAAUGUUGGUGGCUAUGGAGGUAUGAGCCAAAACCAACCCAUGGGUAUGGGAAUGAGACCGGGCAUGAACAUGAACAUGAAUAUGGGAGGAUACGCCCAAGGCCAAGGCUAUCCGAUGCAACAACCGCAAAACCCUGGUCCAAACAUGCCUCCAGGCAACAACUAUAAUCCGAUGAUGGGUCAAGGCGGUUACAACCCUCAACAACAAUCAUAUGGUGGUGGAUACCGGUAA